CCCGCCUGGAUGACCCAAGGGUGAAGAGAGGCAUAUGCGCUUCUUUGCCUCGUUUACUCGUUAAAGUUACACAAGUUGGCUCUCACUUUAGGCAUCUAUUCUGCCGUCCACAUGGCUUGCUGUUCUUGUUCAGAUGGGAUAGUGCGGCGGGACAGGAAGCGGCAGAAAUGGCGGGGAGAGGCAGCAAAGAAAGCUUUUUCAAAGAGCUUGAUGACUUGGAUAAUCUGAGCGGUGACUCUGAUGUUGAUGAUUUUGAGAAGCUUAUGAGAAAAGGUCUCGAGAAGAAGAGUCAGAGAACUAUCAAGCCAGCGCGUGUCCCUCACACGAAGACUUUCCAGCUGGGGAGCUUACUUCGGGCAGAAUCGGCUCCGGAAUCUUCACUACAGCGCAAGAACUCAGACGAGAUCAUUAUAGUCAAGGAAAUGCCAUGCGGAAAAUCCGGCGGGGAGGCUGACACAGGAACAAUGAAGAGGCUGAGGCCAGAAGGACCUUCUGGAGGUAGAAAAGAGACCGCCGCAACCAAAAAGAGACGGGUCAAUUCCUUAACUAUAUUACCAGAAUCGCAACAAAUAUUCAAGGGCCUCACUUUCUAUUUCUUCCCGAAUAACGAUGUUGCUCCGGCUAGACGGUUGCGCAUCCGCAAGGCGCAGGAAUAUGGCGCUGUCUGGGCGACGAAAUGGGGUGAUAGCGUCAGUCAUGUAAUCGUGGACAAAGGUCUUGUCUUUGAAGACGUGUUGAAAUUCCUUAAAUUGGACGCUUUCCCGGCAAAUAUAGCGCUAGUCACCGAAGACUAUCCCUCAGAAUGUAUCAAGUUUAGGUCGCUCCUUAAUACGACUCAGUCGCGCUUCCGGGUACACUCAGCAAAGACGACUGUAGACCAGGAGGAUAAACCCGCUUCUGCUGGCCAAACUUCGGAUGCCUCGCUACAGUUAAAGCCGCCCAGGAAAAGGGUAGGAGCAUCACCAACUCCUUCUCACAGCGAACACGCUUCAGCUCCUGCUGAGCCUGGCACUGAGGAACGGUGCGAGUUGCCUCCGUCUCGAGAGAGGGAUGUUUUAGAUGAUGUAGUAGACGAAGUUAAAGCUGUUGAGCAUCUGCCGUUAGAUCCGCUGGAGGAUGAGAAUGGCUCUGUCGAUCCUAGUUCCGAAUCUCCCGUAACAUCAGAUUCCGAAACUGAUGCACCGAGGAAAAAGGCGAAGCGAGCCCGGUCAGAUCCUGUAGCUCCAGCCUGGCAGCAAAACUUCAGUUGUAUGAAGAAGCACGAUGGGAAGUCGGAGACAGCCAAUCCGAACUCCCGGACCAUCGAAGUCUUGCAGCAAAUGCUGGAUUACUACACGAGGACUGCGGACCUCUGGCGUACGAUUGCUUAUCGUAAAGCCAUCAGUGCUCUUCGACAACAGACAACAAAGAUUGUGACCAGAUCGGAAGCACUGGCGAUCCCCGGGAUCGGAGAGCGUCUUGCAGCCAAGAUCGAAGAGAUCGUCUUCACAAACCGUCUACGGCGUCUCGAGAGUGCCAACUCCACUACCGAAGACCAUGUACUCCAGCUGUUCCUUGGCGUCUACGGCGCCGGAAUAUCCCAAGCGUCGAGAUGGAUAGCGCAAGGUUACCGGUCACUGGAUGAUCUACGAACUAAAGCAGACUUGACUAGAAAUCAGCGGGUGGGUGUCGAACGCUACGAUGACUUCCGUCAACGCAUUCCCCGCUCCGAAGUGGAAGCACACGGUGCUAUUGUGAGGAAGACCAUCCACGAGGUCGAUCCCGAUGUGCAGGUCAUCAUCGGUGGCUCUUACCGCCGGGGAGCUGCGGACUCGGGUGAUAUUGAUCUGAUUAUCACCAAACCCGACGCUACGAUUGAGCAAAUCCGGGACCUGAUGCUGGAUGACAUUGUCCCCAAACUGUUCGAUCAGGGUUUCCUACAGACCGGGUUGGCAACGACGUCCCGCGGCAACGGAUCGAAGUGGCAUGGCGCCUCCGCGCUGCCGGGAAGCGCGAUCUGGCGUCGCAUCGACCUCCUGUUUGUUCCCGGAGCGGAGAUAGGUGCUGCCCUGCUGUACUUUACCGGGAACGACAUCUUCAACCGUAGCAUGCGACUGUUGGCAAGUAAGAAGGGCAUGCGUCUGAAUCAGCGCGGUCUCUACCGGGACGUGCUCCGGGGAGCCAACCGGGUGAAGCUGACCGAGGGAUCUCUGGUUGAAGGUCGCGACGAGCGGCGGAUCUUCGAGAUCCUGGGGGUGCCCUGGCGGCCUCCGGAGCACCGCGUCUGUUGACGACUCGAGCGUCCCGAGCGGUGUGGCUUCUUGGGCGGCGGAGAGGUCUGGAGCGGAUCAUGACAGGGAUCAAUCGCAGUGAUCUUCCUGGUUAGUGGAUGCCUUGGAGAUAGUCUAGAGUAGAUAGUCUAGUGUCAAUAAAUAAAUAAUAUCGCAGAUAUAGAAUAAUAAUAAUAAUACCAAGGA